GUUUUCGGUUGUUAGUAGACUAUCUGUUAUUUUGUAACAGUAAGCUAUUGGAACAGAGUAAGUGUGUUUAUGUAGUCGCUGUUUGGAAUUUAGUCGUGAAUCAAUCAAUUUGCCGGUUUCGCCUCCUCCCCUUUCUCCUCCCUCCCGUCUAGUUGUGAUGUCUCAUGUCGUGUUGUGACAGCGCUGGUAUUGUUUAUUGAGGUGGAUGUCAGGUAUAAUUAGCAAUCGAUAUGGAAAACGCUCGUGUCGUGCCUCUGACGUCACCGACGAUUAACGUUUCUCAUUGGUCGCGAAUUCCCUAGCGCGAGAGCUAGUUAUUUGGACAAGGGGAGAGUUGAUGUUGACAAAGUAGAAAAGAGCGUAAAGCCUGCACGCCUGCCUCGGUCUCCUUAUUCCUUAAUUAGGAUCGCAAAGCAUGUGAACGCCGCACGCCCUUUCACGGCUCCUGUAUGCGCACUGAGGGAAGAGUUGGAGCUUGUUUUGGCCAUAGAGACGCUUCCUUGAUUCCGGAGAUGCAAUGAUGGAUAGCCGGAUCCUCGAGCAUCCUCAUGCCCAGUUUGGAGGCUCUUUGGGGGGCAUGGUUGGAAUGGGUUUUCCCUACCACCUCGGUCACCAUCAUGUUUACGAUAUCACCGGACACCAUAUACAGUCAGCGUCCGCUGUUCCUUUUUCUAUUGACGGAUUACUUAACGGAUCAUGCUCAGCGUCUGUUGCAAACUCCAACCCAUUGCUCGGAUCUGGAUGUGGUGUUAACGGGGAUAGUCAGUAUAAACUCAGCGAUGCCGGAGACCCCGACAAGGAAAGCCCUGGUUGUAAACGGAGGCGAACGCGUACAAAUUUUACGGGCUGGCAGCUGGAGGAACUAGAGAAAGCGUUCAACGAAAGCCAUUAUCCGGACGUGUUCAUGCGCGAGGCACUCGCGCUACGUCUAGACCUUGUUGAGUCACGUGUUCAGGUGUGGUUCCAAAACCGGCGAGCGAAAUGGCGCAAAAAAGAGAACACGAAGAAAGGGCCCGGUCGACCGGCCCACAACUCUCACCCCACCACCUGCAGCGGGGAACCAAUGGACCCAGAGGAGAUCGCGCGACGGGAGUUGGAGCGCAUAGAAAAGAAGAAGCGAAAACAGGAGCGCAAACUUCUGAAAUCCCAGAACAAGCUGUUAGCUGGUGAUCUCUUCCACACGCCUGGAUCGGACAGCGACAGUGGAGUAUCACAGAGCACCGAUAGCGAGUCAACUUCACACACCGGGCCUCAGCCUAGCACUCACCGACAGCAUACAGAACAUAUUUGUGACCAACAUCCACGCCACCAAAGAGCCAGUACUGUCAACGAGACAGCGGAGCCAAUGGACCCCGCGAACGGCCUCACACGCGCCCCCACGCUCCAGAAACUCAACCCAUUCAGUGUGGAGAGUUUACUUGCCGAAUCAAGUCCCAGGAGAAAAACUAUCGUGGAUUUUUCUCAGUUACCUCCGCAGCGACCACUGGUUGGUAAAGGCCAUUUUCUUCUAUAUCCCAUUACCCAACCGCUGGGUUUCAUAGUGCCACAGACAGCGAUGAAACCGAGUCAGGAUUCAGGACACAACUGUUCCUCAACAGACACCUCAAACCAGAAAAACAUCAAUCACUUGUGCAAAGACACCGAGCUGCAAAGAGAAAGCAAGAACUCUUCUUCCAUCCAGUCUUCAAACACAAGCUCAGAGAAAUGUUUUUCAGAAUCAAAUUCGUUUGAAAACGACUCUGAGUCCAUUGUCACAAACUCUAGCCAGAAAGAAAGCGUCUCUCCUAACCUGUCUGAAAAUUCUGACUCGAAACCCCGCAGUUCCGCUGACACAAACAUAGAUGGAGAGGACGUUGACAUGGACUGAAAUAUUGGCGCCUAUCAAUCCCAAAGCUGAUAACGACACGUUUUUCUAUACAAGACUGUUUUGAUUCAUUUUUAUACUGUUCAGAAACGGAUACUCUUUAUUCAGGUGAACUGGCCUAUAUGUUUCGGCGUAAAAUCUUUUUCUUUAAGGAACAAGUUAGCUCACGAGCAGCAUACAAGAACAACAUAUCCUCAAACGUUGUAUAAAUGAUAAAGUAUCGAAAAUAUUUAUAUAUGUAACAUUUUGAUAAGUAAUAAGAAGAAUAAGAAUAAAA